AUGUCGGUGGCGGCCCACGAUGCUGAUGCGCCACCACCACCGUCAACACCACCACCACCGCAGCAGUGGGAGCAGCAGCAACGAGGACCCGGGACGGCGCCGUGGUAUCAUGACGGCUUUAUCCUUUCUCUGAUCGCCAUGUUCGCGAUUCAAUUAAAAAAAUCGGGCGCGCCCUGGGAUCUGGGAUCUGAGCGGCUGCGCGGUCUCUGCGGCGGGACGCCGGGUUGCUUGUUGUUUUCGGUAUUUUCAAAUCUGGGCGUCCAUUUCGCGCCCCCACCCCCCCGUCUUUGGGUUGGCUGGACAGAGAGAGAGGGUAACAGGGUGGGAGACAUGAGACAUAGAUUGGAGUGA